AUGCCACGUUUAAGAAAUAAAGAAGAUGCAGCUCCUAGUGAUGAUUAUGGUUGGAGGUGGGGAGAACCUGUUGAAGGUAAUCAUAAUAAUGUCAAAUGUAGAUUUUGUGGAAGAUUUAUUAAAGGAGGAAUAACACGGUUGAAAGAGCAUUUGGCUGCAAAAAAAGGGAAUGUAGCACGUUAUCCACAUGUCUCGGUAGAAGUUAGAAAAACCAUUGUACAACAUCAAGAAUAUCAUAGUGAAAAAGCUGCGAAGCAGAGGAGGAAAGAAGAAUUAGAGGAAAGAAUAAGAUUAGGAGACCGUGGAGACUAUGGUGAUAGUGGUGGUGGCGAUGAUGAAGAGUUAACUAUCGCAAGACGUGAGAUUGCAGCGAACGUUGCAAAAUUGGUUAAGGGUCCUUCAGCUUAUGAGGUGACAGAGGUGUAUUUGGAAGAUGAGUAUAAAGAGAUACAAGAAUGGUACAAAGGUACUGCUUUUAAAACAUUCAUUGAUGCUAGCAGUGUUACCUCUUGUACUACUGACUAUCAAAGCCGAUGGUCAAAUGUUGAUGCAAAGAGAAGGCACUUGUAUUGGUCUGCAUGUUCUACUCAUUGCUUGGAUCUUAUUUUGGAAGAAAUUGGCAAUAGGAAAAGUGUGAAAAAGGUCUUAGAUGAGGCAAAAAAGAUAACUUCUUUCAUAUACAAUCAUACUUGGUCAAUUGAUUAUAUGAAAAAAUAUAUCAAGGGUGUAGAUUUCUUGCAACCUGGGAUCACUAGAUUUACUACCAAUUUUAUUGCUUUGGAGAGCAUUGUUAGAAGCAAACAAGCCCUAAAGGAAAUGGUGACUUUUUCAGCAUGGAAAAGGUUCACAUAUGCAAGAAAACCAACUGGACUAGAAAUGAUGAAAGUUAUUAACUCAAGUGAGUUAUGGAAAAAGGUUGUUGAUGUCUUAAAUAUCCAAGAACCGUUCGUUAAAGUGUUAAAAAUAUGUGAUGGCGAUGAAAAACCAACUAUGGGUUUUACUUAUGAAGCUAUGGAUCAAGAAAAGUUGGCAAUUCAAAGAGAUUGUCACUAUUACCAGAAAUAUUGGGAUAUUAUUGAUAAGAGAUAG